AUGACAAAACCGGAAAUGCAGCUCUCAAAAGUACUCUUCCUGCUCACCUGUUUCCUCGCGAUCAGCAAGUGCAACGUCCAAAAUACAGUCGGAAAGAAUGACACGGCAGCAGAAAUAGCGCUGGGCGAGAAAAGACUUGGAGAUCAUAUUCGUGCGAUUUUGAAACACUAUCAGCAAGAUGAUCCGAUUGGGCUCCCUGGGGCGCCGGUACCGGAUCCAAUGUCAGUGCCGGAUAUGAAGCAUUCGUUUUCUAUGUAUACCAUGAAUUUCAAGGAAGUGAAUGUUUAUGGUCUUUCCAAAUUUCGAAUAAUGCACGUAGAGUCUGAACUGGCUCUCAUGAGAGUUUCCGUGGCUUUGAGCAUCGAAACAUUGGAUAUUCGUGGACUGUACACCCUCUCCUCUUGGCUAUCACGAUCAGCCGGUAACUUUACCGUGAAAUUGACGGGGGUGAAUGUCCAAGGUAUAGCCAGGCUCGAAGUUGGCGAUGAUGGUAAAUUGCAGGCGCAAAAUAUCGACAUGGAUUUAACGUUUGCAAAGAUAGACAUGGACUUCAAGAAUUUGGGCUUCUUGGGCUCUGUGUUUCAAGGAGUGAUCAACUCCGUAGGCACCUUUAUUUUUGAUAGUAUUAAACCUUUCAUAUUGAAAGAAGUGAAUACUAACAUACGGGGUGAAGUUAACAAACAAAUAUCGCAACUGCCACAAUACUUCCCGAAUUCUAUAUCGCCCUUCGAUAUGGCUGUAGCCGAGGCUCGUAAACAGGUAUCUCAAAUGGGCUAUGAUCCGUUUAAGGUAAAGGAAUACCGACAAAAUGUUGGUAUAUUCACCGUGACGUCGUCUCACACUUGGAUCACCGGUCUGGCGAGCUUUUACCGAAUGGGAAAUAUCACGCUAAGCAUGGAAAAUAAAACAGUGUACGCGACAAUUGACGUUGGCACUCAAGAGAUCGAAGGAAGGACUCACUGGGAAAUAAGCGUGAUCGGAGGUUUCUUAUCAAGAGCUGGUACCGUUUCUUUCACCAUACAAUAUUUCAGGGUACAAAUAAAAUUGAGUCAACCCUUGGACACUCGUAAAAAACCGAGUGCAGAAGAACUUGACCUUGAAUUGGGUAAUAUUCAAGCAAGAGUUCAUGGCGCCGGUACCAUUGAUUACUUGAUGGAAGCUAGUGUUAAUAUAUUGCCAAACCUUUUAAGGUAUCAGAUAAUGGAUGCAAUAGAGGCUCCGCUCAAAAGGCGUAUACAGACUGAACUGAACAAAGUGGACGUUGAGAAACUGAUCUACGAAAAAAUUCCUGACAUAGAAGAGCAGGCUAGAUAUAUUAAAGGAAUGCUUCCUGCGGAAGAGACCAUUCUAGAGGAGCUGAUACCUCCUCCUGAGGAUCAGGACGAGCAACCGUUUUCGGAGAGUGAAGAGAAUCGAGGACCUUCGUAAAAAGUCGAAUGUGUUGUAAGAUGCAGGUAUAUGAUUAAGUACAUUAUUUGGCAUUUAAAUUAUUUAUACUAAGCUCAAAGAAAGAGAAUUUUCUAUUGUUAAAAAGAAUUUUACCAAUUUUCUGUUGGUAAAAUAUAUAUGAAAAAAUUCCUAACAGAUCGUGAUACGUGUACUGC